UCCAACACACAGCCAUGGGGAAAUAGGGGGAAUUCUUGGAUAUAGUGGGAUUCCAGUUCCCCUUUUUCACUCGCUCGCCAGCUAAAGUUCUCUCAACUCCCUAAGCAUAUAGCGAGUAGAAAGUCCUUUUUAAUAUGAACUUCAACUGAGUAAUGGGCUUUUCCAAAAGCAUUUGAUUCAGAGCUGUUUUGUAUUUAAAUUUAAAUUCCUGGAAUCAAUAACAAGUUCAGACGAAAACACUCCAAAAUGCCAUACUUAUUUCCAACAAAAAUCAUAUAAAAGUGAUAAGAAUCAUGGAAAGUCCGGGCAAUGUCAAAAAAAUUCUUAAUGUUUGUCGUUAUCUUCGAUUUCGCAAAAACACAUUAGCCCCGCAUGGCAAUCUUUUAGUUCCUACUUUGACAUGAAGAUCAACGCAGCUGUUAUUGCCCUGCUUUCUUGUGCUUUAAUGGUAGAUGGGGAACCCACUCCUAUAUCAUUACUGGAAGCCGAUUGCGGAGUUUCGAUUUCGGGUUCUAGUUCUCAGAAUAGCAAGAUAGUCAAUGGCUGGCCGGCAGAUAUGUUUGGUAAUCCAUGGAUGGCAUUGAUAAGCAGCAGUGUCACCUGUGGAGGUUCCCUCAUUACAAAUCGCUUUGUGCUUAGUGCUGCCCAUUGUCGAACUAACAGUCAUACGGUUGUAUACCUCGGGGAGUUCGACAGAUCAACCACCACUGAUUGCUCCAAUGCAGGCUGCAUGCCCAAUGCCAUUGGCAUCCCCGUCGAUGCCCAGAUAGCUCACCCCAGUUACAUCCAUCUCUCCCAGAAUGACAUAGCUCUAUUUCGACUGGCCACUCCGGUGCAAUAUACAGCCUACAUACAGCCCAUCUGUCUGCUGACCAACUACAACCCCUUGAACAGCAUCAGACACUUGACCGCCACGGGAUGGGGCAAAACAGAAUUCGGACUCCCAAGCAGCAUUCUAAGGACAGCCACCUUAACCCAAGUGGAUCGAUCCUACUGCUCUGGCAUCUACGGAAACAGAGUGGACAUGUCCCAUAUUUGUGCCGGAGACUACAAUUCCCACACAUGCAUGGGCGAUUCUGGAGGUCCCAUAUCCGCUGUAAUAACAAUCAACGGGAGGAUUCGUGUGGCUCAGUUUGGUAUCGUCAGCUAUGGAGAUAGUGAGUGCCGGGAAUUGGGGGUCUACACGAAUGUCAUGCACCACAUGAACUGGAUUGCUAGUGUCGUACGACAUGGAGGACCUCAGGUCACACAGAGACCAAACUAUUAUUAUAUACAAUGGUAUUACAUUUAA